AUGGCUGUCGUUCUAUCGUCAGAGGAGAACACCUACUUCUCCUCCAACCUGCGACGCUCGCAUUCGCAGCCCAAGUUCGUUACAAAACAGUCCGGAUUCCACUCUUCAACAACCUCGGCCAGCCAUAUCAGCGACGCUUUCGUGGAAUCCAAGGUGUAUCCAGACUCUGCGCCGUCUUCUGCCCCGUCGUCUCCCAGGACCGCCCAUGCCGAAUCCACCGACUUGUCGUGCUCGUCAACCCCUGCGAGCAAUGUCUCGAUCGCUUCCGACUGCGACGACACACUAGACCUCGCCGUGCACGCCAACGACCAUUUUGUAUUUCCCCAUUACGAAGAGUCCGACUACUUCAACCACCCAGAAGAUCUGGAACCACCAACAAGCCCCAAGACGGGUGACUCGUAUACAGUCUCGCCGGUUGACAACGACACUGAGGGCGACACAUCGAGGCCCAACACACCCGAAUUCGUUCUUGAUGUAGAACACGCAGAAGACGACACGGCGGUUCGGGCACAGCCCUCGCGUCACGUUGACUAUCUUUCGCACAACUGGAAAGAGGAGGACAUUUGGUCGUCGUGGAAGUUUAUCGUGGCUCGGAGAGCCGAGUACAGCAAUGCCGCUCGCCUCGAGAACGCGUCUUGGAGAACCUGGAUGAAGGCGAAAAACAAACUGAAGACCGUCUCGCCAGAGACUCUCAACUGGUUCGUAGUCAUACCGCACCUUAACUACCCACCACUAACUCUCAGCAGGUUGAAAGAUUGUGAUGUGACUUGGCUUUACGGACCCCUACAGACUGGUCCCAACACCCUGAACCCCAUCACUACGGAUCCAAACAGCGCCAGACUCACCAAGAACAACUCGUUUGUCAACAAGAAGCCAAUCCUCAAAAAGAGGAGCAUGUCGGAGGUCAUGUUGCAGCGGUCUUUGUCCGCCUCUUCCCUGUUGAAGCAGGCGGCAGCGGCGGUUCAGGCCCAAGAAAAGGAUGGUCGAAGACGUCUUGCCCGACCAACCCUGGAACGAGCAACUACGGAUUACGUUACGUUCCCCUUCUCGUCGAGGAGGUUGAGCCGCGAAAGCUCCAACUUGUGCCCCUCCAGCACAUCCUCCGGUAUCAUCUCGCCCAGCAGUGAGAAGAAACACAUCCACUUCAACGAGCAGGUUUCGCAGUGCAUUGCAGUCGACAUCAAGGGCGACGAUGAUGAUGACGAAGACGCCGGUACUGAGCGAUACGACAACAGCGAUUCUGACGAGGGCGCCAUUAUGAUGAAGAGGUCACGAACUAAGAAGAAGAUGCCUCUCCUCAGGAAGAAGUCAGCAAAGAUAGCAGCGGCCACCGAGGGCAAGACCAUUGCCAUGCUACCGUCCACCACCCUCAAGUAUCGCGAAGACACACCCGAGCCGCAAGAGACGGCGAUGAAGCAUAGCACCUCGUACCGGAGUCCCGUAAUGUCUCCUUCAUCCUCCCAAGAAACCCUCCGACCUUCUAAAGGGUCCGGAAAGUUCUUCUUUGAUGAUGAAGACGACGAAGAGGAGGAAGCAGUAUCAAUGGGCUGGCAGUCACCAACGAAAAUCGACGACAAAUCGACAGGCCUGCAACGAUCAUCGUCCACCAACAGUCUGAACGCCGAACCAGCUGGCAUGCGUCGGACCUCGUCAGGUAUGUUCAUGCCAUAUGAAGAGGGGGAAUCAUCUUCCAACGAAGGCAUCAUCGGCCGGGUCAUUGAUACAGUUAAUACAGCCCGGGAUAUUGCUCAUGUCAUUUGGAACGUGGGGUGGAGGAAGUGA